CAGAGGGAGAAGGAGGGAGGGCAGCAUUAGGCUGCAUAAUCUGUCUGUGUAUACAGAGCAGCAGUAAGAAUGGAGGGGUGAGAGGCAUGGGGAAAGCAGUGGAUGUAGGGAUGCCCAUUGGGGUGAUCUGGAGAUCUGUGGUGCUGCUCUUGGUACUAUGUAUGGGCAGCUAUGGGAAAUCUCUGCUGGAAAGCCCAGCGCCUCAGGAGGUCCACAUCAAAGUCCAGGUCUAUGAGAAUGGAGACUUAUCUCCCUUGGUUUCGGCCACAGUGGACAUAUUUGGAAACCAGAGCAGCUUGGCCUCAGGGGUCACUGAUCAGGAUGGAGUAGCCAUGUUGGGCAUCAGCUAUCGACUGGGAACUUGGGUACUAGUAACUGCAACCAAGAGAGGAUAUGUCACCAACUCUGUGCCUUGGCGGGUUGACAGAUUGCCACUGUAUGCAUCAGUUAGUUUGUAUCUGGUACCGGAGCGACCAGCAACUCUCAUCUUGUAUGAAGAUAUUGUACAGAUUUUGCUUGGCUCACCAGGUGUCCGGAGCCAGCCCUGGGUCCAGUUCCAAAGGAAAGCUGCACGUUUGCCACGAUCCUCCACAUACAACCAAUUGUCUUCAUCGCUCACAAGUGCCAACAAUCUGCACCAGAUGAAAGGAUUCCCAGCAUUCAUUGGGGCUGAGACUGAUUCCAGUAAUGGAGGUAAUACAAGCUGGGUGGAGCUUCUGCCUGUGGCUGCCGUUAGUGUCCAUCUCUUUACUGGUAACGGAACUGAGGUUCAUCUUUCUGGUCCAGUCCAGCUCUCCCUUCCUCUCUCUUCUGACUCUGGGCUCUCAGCUGCUAGUAGCAUCCCGGCAUGGAGGUUCGAACCUAAGACAGGUCUCUGGAUACGCAGUGGGAUGGGUGUGGUGCGAAGAGAUGGUCAGCAGCUGUACUGGUCCUUUGUUUCUACAAAGCUUGGAUACUGGGCAGCAGCUAUUCCCUCUUCAGGCCGUGGUGUGUUGUCCCUCAUGACAGGUGUGGAUAUUGCUGGUUAUCACACGAUCUUCCUGCUCUCUAUCCUGGGUGCUCUUGCUCUCCUGGUGCUCAUCCUGCUCUGUCUCCUUAUAUAUUAUUGCAGGCGGCGCUGUCUGAAGCCCAGGCAACAGCAUCACAAGUUACAGCUUUCAGGCAUCACAGAGCCUAAACGGGACCAGGCCACCUCAACCUCACAUCUCAACCUCAUCAGCACUAGCCAUUUGGACUCCACAUCCACGGCUGACAGUGACCUGCGAACCCCAGUAUUGCGUUCUGCCUAUUCCUCUCGUGAGGACUUUUGCAAACAGGGUGGUCGCUCUUCUGUUCAACACUCCACAGAUACCCUCCCACUGAGGCCAGGCCCCAGGGAUGAAUAUCCAUUAAGGUCUGCCCGGUCUGGAGAUCUGCUAGAUUCAGAGGACUUGAAAAGAGGCUAUGGUACAGGUGGGAAAGGGCAGCAGAGAAGACGUGGCAGAGGAGGAAUGAGAGAUACCCCUCCAUCUCCUCCUCCUCUACCUCCACCUUUCAAACAUGUGAUGGGAGACUCAAAACCUCCCGAUUAUUUGCUCUCACAGUCUGCAGACCCUCUGUCACGCCCCACUUCUCUUACUCAACCUGGCCAGCUGAUCUUCUGUGGUUCAAUUGAUCAUAUGAAGGAAGGUGGGUACCGCCAUGCCAUGCCAACAUUAGUUAUUCCAGCUCAUUAUGUGAGGUUAUCAUCAGAAGAUAACCCUUCUGGACAAGGGGAUGACCAGUCUGAAAGUGAUUCAGGAGCUUCUCAAGUCUCACAUGCCCAUCUCUUUGCACCUCAAGAUCACGCUCAACGACAGCAGUUACUCCAACAAGGCCAUCCCUUCCAGCAAGGCGCAUCUGGUCAGUCACAAGACCAAGAGGGUAAGGCCUGGGGAGGACACACUACACAAAUGAGUGGCUCUGUCACUAUCCCUGUUGUAUUUAAUGAGUCCACCAUGGCACAGCUAAAUGGAGAGCUUCAAGCAUUAACUGAGAAAAAACUCCUGGAACUGGGAGUCAAGCCUCAUCCAAGAGCAUGGUUUGUUUCACUUGAUGGACGUUCCAAUGCCCAAGUGCGUCAUUCUUAUAUUGACCUGCAGGCUGGGGACAAGAGCCGCAGCAAUGACGCCAGCCUUGACUCAGGGGUUGAUGUCAAUGAAAUGAAAUCAAAACCUGGGCCUGAAGAGCGAGGUGGAAGGUCUCAACUUCAACCAUCCUCAUUGGCCUAUUCCAAACUAGUCUUUGCUGAAGAAGGUGAACAGAGUCUCAGUGAGAGUCGGACUGGAGGGGGCUGCUCGCCAGAAGACAGCUCCCUCACCCCAUUGUUGGAUGAGGGUUCUGAGACCUGUCCAGUUAUGGGCAGGAGAGGACGUAGUAGAGGUGACAGCUCCCGUAGUAGUACAAGUGAACUACGAAGGGAUUCCAUGACUAGUCCAGAUGAAGAUCUUAAUGACCAGUCAGAGGGUGGAGAUGACCAAGAUAAGAAAAGCCCCUGGCAGAAAAGAGAGGAAAGACCACUUAUGGUGUUCAAUGUUAAGUAACAAGGAAUCCUUUGCUUUGCAUUCUGUGCAUAGGACACUCACUUCAUAAAAGAAUUCAGAGAAAGAUGGGAAUUUCCCCAGAAUCAGAAGUCCAGGUUUGGAGAAAGAUAGGACUCUUCCCCAAAUGCUCCUUUCUCACAUGGCACAUGCUCCAAAACUGGAACAUUUUCUGACUGUAAUGUGAAUACCACAAUACAUAUGCAUAAAACAUGUUGAUAGUAAAUAUAAUUUCAAUUAUCUUACAUACAUGUAUGCAGACAAAGCUAUAAAUGCAAAAUUGUAUUCACAAAUAUCUCUAACUGGGAGCUAUGGUGCUUAACGUGAGACGUGUGCAGGGACCAGCCAAUCUCUCUGGGGAAAAACAGAGUUAUUACUAAGACUGAAUAGAGCCUCCUGCCCAACUUUCCUGAAGAACAAAAACAUUCAGAUACCCAAAGCUGGCUCCUGAUGUAGGAGCAGCAUUGUAUUUUUGGGUUUGUAGUCCUUAUGAUCUCUCCUGGAGUUACCUUGUAUUUCAAAGCAUUGCAGCCACCUAGGCAUACUGUAUAUGAUGUCUCCAACGUGCUCAUGCAUUGUGGUGUUUGUAGUCUUCGUGUUUCAUUUGUGUAUGGUCUCUGGAAGCUCAUAGAUUGCAGUGCAAACUGGUCAUUGUAAUUCUUAUUGGAAUUAGAAUCCCCAUAACUCAAUGCUUGCAAUGCAUUAUGGUUGCUGUAACCUCUAGGAAUGCCACUGACUUUCUUUUAGUUCAUCGUGAUUCUACCUUGUUUCUGUGGGUAACAUUAGCUCCUUAUCAUAAUGCAUUGUAGUUAUAAUGUGAAAGGAUCCCUGUAAAAUAUAUAGAAAUGCAACCUGGUCACACAUUCAUGGUAACCCAUAACAUGCAAUGCAUUAUGUUCAGCAUAGUUUUAAGAGAGAUAACACUGUCCCGGUAAUGAUAUCUCUGUGCUCAAUAAUCCCUUUUUUAAUGGGUUUUUAGUGCAGUUCUAGCUCUCCACAUUUCAGUAUUACUCUGUAAUUGGAUCCCUUAUAAUGCAAUGUAUUGUGGUCUGCAGACUUAUUGGGCAUUAGUAAAGAUGCUGGGUCCCUUAACUCUCGUAAGAAAAUAGCACAAGGAGCGUGUGUUUAUCAUGUGUCAUUAUGAAAGUUUCUUACAAACAUUAUUAAUAAAACCAGUGAAAAUAGAA